CCGAAACCGACCAUUUUGCCGAUCUAUUUUAUUUUUCUAUUGCGUUGCAUUUGUCUUCGAGUGGCGUCUGACUAGAUUCAAAUCGAGGCUUUUCCUUUUCCAACUUGGUACAGCAGCACAGCAUAAAAAAGCAAAUCCAAACCAAAAGCACAGCUUCCAAAAGCCUGAUUUGGGAGCGGGAUACUCUUGUUCGUGUUUGAAACAGUUCCAAGUGUAUAAUGGAAUUGAAAGAAGUUGAUUUUGGUUCUCAUGGAGUAAUUUAUGUUGAAGAAGGGGAAGAAAGACCCACUGUGACCGAAUGGCCAAACCCAGCUACAGAAGAACUGUUGAAAAUUUUGAGGAAGUAUUACCGGACGCAAGGAAAUGAUACAAAAUUUGGUUUCAAACGUAUUUUAUAUGAGCACUGCAGCCUUGCCAUGAGGAAAAAAGGUUUCAGAUAUGCAGCAGCACAAUGCGAGAACAAAUGGAAAUCAUUGAAGAGAAGAUUCUUGACUUGUUUGAAUCGCUCCCGUACUGGGAAAGGGAGAAAAAAAAUUCCUUACAGGAAGCAGUUGUUUGACGAUGAAAUUGAAUACUUAUUACAGUUUGAGAAAUCACAGUUUAAAAAGGAUGUUGGCCGCACUAAGCGCAAUUUGAGGAGUCGUCGAGGCUUAAACAAAGAUAUGGACCAAGAUGAAGGAAAUGAUGAAUCUGAUGAAAAUGACCACAAAUAUACGGCAAAGGAUGAAAAAUUAGUUCAGAGGGUGCUUAGAGGUUCUGAGCAUGAGGACCAGAAACACAACGUUUUUUCUAAAAAAGGUCAUCGUUUGUAUCCACAGCAAAAGAAAAGUGAAUCCUCCACAACCAAUUAUUUGCCUUUAGUUAGAGACUUGACUGAAGCAAUGAUAAGCAAUGUCAAGGCUAACAAUAAUAUCUUGGAAAGUCAUAGUGCCUCAUAUGAGCAGAUUCUGGUUUGUUUAGAUAGUUUGGACAGAAAGGAGGAUGAAAAAAUUGAAAUUGGACGGAAAAUGCUUGAACAGAGGAAAAUUCAGAAUAAUUUCUUAGCAAAAAUUUUGCAGAAGCUGGGGUAAUAAAUAAUUUGUUUCUGUUCCAAAAUGUAUAACAUAUAGUAUAUAUAAUAUAGGAUCUGUCUUUAAUUUUAUUUUAAUAAAAGCAAAUUUGCAUAAGAAAGAAUUUGAAUUAAAAUAAUUCACUUCCCUAAAAAAUGUAUUGAAAAAAAAAUACUG